GAAACUACUCAUCAAGCCAUAAUCACCCAUUUCUCUUGUUCUGAAGCUUUUGUAAAGCCCAACAAUGGCGUCGCCGCUUGUGUUAUUAGGUGUGAUUCUUGUGGCCUCAGCUUGGCUUCUUUUCAUGAAAAGAAACAAGUCGAAGCCGACGCCGGCGAGCCUUCCUCCGAGCCCGCCGGCCUUGCCGGUGGUCGGCCACCUUCAUCUCCUGAAACCUCUGGUUCACCAAGCCUUGCAUGAGCUCCAAGCCAAAUAUGGGCCUCUCAUGCACCUUAGGCUUGGCUCAACCAACUUGGUCGUAGCCAACACUCCUGAACUCGCAAAAGAGCUUCUCAAAACCAACGAACUCGCUUACUGUGCUCGUCCCAUGAACAUCGCCAUCAACCUCGUAACCUACGAUAAUGCUGCUUUUGCUUUCUCUCCUUACGACGCUUACUGGAGAUUCAUCAAGAAGUUGAGUAACACAGAGCUUUUGGGAGGCCGAACUAUCCGGCAGUUUCUUCCAGGUCGCACCGGCGAGAUCCACCGGUUCAUUAAGAACCUCCAUGGUAAAGCCAUGGUGGGACAGAGCGUUAACCUAAGCCAAGAACUCAUGAAGCUGUCCAGCAACGUUAUCUCGCUGAUGAUGCUGAGCAUUGAGACCACCGGCACCGACAGCCAGGCGGAGGAAGCUCGGAAUCUGGCUCGGGAGGUGACGCAGAUUUUCGGGGAGUUUAACGUCGCUGAUUUCUUUAAAAUCUGCAAAACCUUGGAUGUUCAAGGGUUUAGAAAGAGAGCCAUGGAUCUGCACAAGAGAUUCGAUGCUUUCUUGGAAAGAAUCAUCUCCGCUCGCGAGGAGUCUCGAAGGCAACAAAAAGCUUCUCCCGAGGCACAGAACGGUGGAGACGGAGAAGAGAAAGUUAGGGACUUUCUUGACAUUUUGCUGGACGUCGCCGAGGAUAAGACUUCCGAGGUUUCUGUAACUAGGAACCAUGUUAAGGCAUUAAUCUUGGAUUUCUUCACGGCGGGAACGGACACGACGGCGACGGCGGUGGAAUGGGCAAUUUCGGAGCUGAUAAAUAACCCGAGGGUUUCGAAGAAAGCACAAGAGGAGGUAGACAAAGUGACAGAAAACAAGAGACUAAUAAGUGAAGCAGAUAUACCAAACCUUCCAUACAUUAAUGCAAUCGUUAAGGAAAUAAUGAGGCUUCAUCCUCCAGUUACUAUGAUCAACAGAAAGGGAACACAAGAUUGUUUGGUGAGUGGUUACUUGAUCCCCAAGGAAACAAUGUUAUUCAUCAAUGUCUGGGCAAUGGGAAGAGAUCCAAAAAUAUGGAAAAGUCCCUUAGAGUUCGUACCAGAGAGGUUUUUGGAGGGAAAACAGAGUGGCCUGGAUAUCAAAGGGCAUCACUAUGAGUUAUUGCCUUUUGGUACGGGCAGAAGGGGCUGCCCUGGGCAACCUCUUGCCCUGCAGGAACUGCCCGUUGUCAUUGGAGCAUUAAUUCAGUGUUUCACUUGGAAGCCAUUGGAUUCUGAAGGGAAGAUCAUCGAUGAAGGAAAGAGGAUUAAUAUGGAUGAACGGCCAGGAUUGACUGCUCCCAGAGCCAAUGAGUUGUUAUGUAUUCCAGUUGCAAGGUUGAACCCUACUGCUUUCCUUCAAGUUUGAGCCACGUCAUCAUUCAUGCCUUGGGUGGGGUCGUCGUCAGUGUUCUCUGCAACUUGUUUAAUAAUUUCACUUAUUGGCUAGAAGGUUUGUGCUAAGAGAUCUAUUUGUUUUAUUAAUAAUGUUUAUGGGAUUUGUGUGGUGUAAAAGAGUGUAUUGUGUAGUUAGUGUUUUCCAUCUACUACAAUAAAGCUAUUAAAUGAACGAGAGCAAGUAACAACAACAGAAA